AUGCCGCCGAAGCGCGACACAAACUUUACUGAUAUCGGUGUCGCUGGACGCAAAACCGGCGUCACCAUCCGCGACACCGGCCACCGCGACGAACUCGGCAUGGAGCCGCUCUCGGGCUUCUUCAGCUCGCCCACCAAGACCCCCGCACCACCCACAUCCAAGACCCCCGGCGCUGCCCUCGCCCCCACCACUACCACCACCGCCCAGCAGCCCACGAGCUCCCCGGCAAAGCUGUCAAUGAGCAUGGACCUCGUCACCACCACCAGCCCGACCCCCGCACGCCUCAGCCGCGACCGGGCGUCGCUGCCACCGCGCGCGCGCUCGCCAGCCAAGACGGCGAUUGGCGGCACGCCGGCGCGGAGGGCGGCGAGCGUGGGGCUGGGGACGCCCGCGGAGGGCGGCGUGGAGAGGAUGUUGUUUACCGGCGCAGCAGUGUUGAGCUCGCCGGCGUUGCCAGUGCUGCCGGGGGUGGCGGAGGAGACGGCGUCGUCGUCGCCGGCGCCCGUGAAGGCGAAGAAGGCGCCGGCGAAGAGGGGCGGGCUGCUGGUUAGUAAGAAGGCGCCUGUGGCGCAGAAGGCGUUGUCGCUGCUGGAGGACGAGGUGGAGUCGGAUGGGGAGCUGGGCGGGGGUGGGGGUGGGUUUGCGGAGGAGGAUAGUCUUGUGGAGGCUGCUGUGACGCCGGCGGCGGCGAAGGGGAGGGGGAAGACGGCGGCGGCGGCGGCGUCGACGGAGAAUAAGAAGGUGAAUGGCAGCGCGAAGGGGAAGGGCAGGAAGGCGGCGGUCGUGUCAGAGCCGGAGCCAGAGGAGGAACAGCCCGAGGAGGAGGAGGCCGAGGCUGAGCCGACGCCGAAGACUAAGCCUGCCACUGCGCGCGCGAAGAAGGCCGCGGCCAAGGUCGUCCCGGAGCCGGAGUCGGAGGCGGACACGGAGGUCGAGGCGGAGGCUACGCCGGCGACGAAGCCGAAAGCGGCGAAUAACCGCGGACGGAAGACGACUACGAAGGUUACGGCGCCAGAACCGGAGGAGGCGGAAGAGGACGAUGUGGAGGAGGUGGAGGAGGUCCCGGGGCCGACGACGAAGCCGAAAGCUGCGGCGGGCAGGGGGAAGAAGGCGAAAGCCGUUGAGCCAGAAGCCGAGGAAGAAGAAGAAGAAGAGGUCGAGGACCCGACUCCGAAACGGAAAGUUGUGGCGCGCGGGAACAAGAAGGCUGCGAAGACUACAGAGCCAGAACCAGAGCCGGAGAUUGAGGCAGAACCGGAGGCAGAACCGGAGAUGGAGGUGGACACAGAGCCUGCUGCGAAGCCGAAGAACGCACGCCCCAAAAAGACGGCCAAGGCCGUCCCGGAAGUCGAGGAAGAGGAGGAAGCCGCGCCCCGUCCCAAGAACGGCCGUGCAAAGAAGCAGACCGCGGCGAAGACUGCGCCGGAGCCCGAGGCAGAGACUGAGUCCGCUCAAGCGCCGGCGCCGAAACCCAGAGGUCGCCAGAAGAAGACUGCGAAGCCCGCAGCCCCCGAAACUGAAGCAGAGACCGACGAGGAAGAGCCAGCAGCGCCUAAGCAGCCGGUCAAGGGCCGUGGAAAAGCCGCUGCCGCUGCAAAGGUCAUUGACAACGAGGAGGAGGAGGAGGAGGAGGCCGAGACAGAGUCUGACCCCCCCGCACCACCAGCUAAGGGCGCACGCGCGGGGAAGAAGGCGGUGAAGGCGACAGAGCGGGUCAAGAAGGUCGCGGCCCAGCCUGCAGUGGACUCUGAAGACUCCGAGCCAGCCACUACACGGGGCCGCCGCACCGGCGGUAAGAAGGUCAUCGAGAUCCCCGAGUCGCCGCUCGAGGCCACGCAGCAGCAGCCCACCGACACUGAAGACGCCGGCCCGACACGAAAGCGCAGCAAGACCGCUACCACCGCCACCGCCACUGCCACCGCCGCCAAACCCAAAGCCAAACCCAAAGCCAAGGGUAAAGGUAAAGCGCCCACCAAGCAGCUCAGCCCCGAGCUGCAGUCCUUCACGCCGCGCCCCAACUCCAAGCGCGCCCCCGCAGCAGUAGUCGCCAAAAAGGGCAGCCAGCGCAUCAUCACGCAGCCGCCGCCCUCGCGCGCAACCUCUGUUGAAGCGGGGGCCGCGGGCGCAAGACGAUCCACCCGCGCGACGCUGCCGCCGCUGGCCUACUGGAGGGGCGAGAAGGUGGUGUAUCAGCUCGACGGCCAGCGCGACAAGGACAAGAUGGCGAUGCCGACGAUCGCGGAGGUGAUCCGCGUCGAGAGCGACGAGGAGGAGGCGCGGCGAGGAGGCGCGGGGACGAAGCGGAAGCGGCCUGCCGCUGCCACGGGUGUGAAGAGGAAGCGGGUGAAGAGUGAUGAGGGGGAUAGCGACCCCGAGGAGGAGGACUGGGAGACGAGGGUUGUGGACGGCGAGAUUGGCGUGGUGCGCGGGUAUGUCAAGACUUUUCGUGAGCGUGCUCGUGCCAAUGCCAAUGCGGAUGAGGAGGAGCUGGAGGAGCGGGAGCUGGCGUUUUCGCGGAAUCGCAUUGUGACGGUGGAGGUUGCGAAUGGGGAUUUUACGUUUGUGAAGACGUGUACGGAGGAGUUUUUUGGGACGGGGAUGGUCGAGAUACCGCCGGGGGGUGUCAAGAGGACGAAGAAUUCGGGGAAGAUGCAUUUGGUGUUUUAUGUCAUUGAGGGCAAGGUCGCGGUGAGGGUGGGCGAGAAUGCGUUUAGGGUGAGGAGGGGGGCGCAGUUUAUGGUGCCGAGAGGGAACCUAUACUCCAUCGAGAACCCCUACGACUUCAAAGCAAAGAUGUUCUUCGCCCAGGGCUGCGAGAAGGUCGUCAGUGGCGGCAGCAGCGGCGGCCGUGGAGAGGAAGCCGAAGGCGAAGUAGAGGGAGAAGACGACGACGGGGAUGCAGAUAUGGCCGAGGAUUGA